UCCACAAAAAAGAAGUUGAGGUGAGUUAAUUUGUGGUGAAUUCCAUCCACGUAAGUGAAGUGCCUUUCGCCAUUUUAGUUUGUGUGUUGUUUAUUGUUUUUGUGUUUUGAGCUCUCAUUUAACUCUUUCUCACAUGAAUUGUGCCCCAAAAGGGCUCCCCUUGUGCACGAGGGGUUAACAACAACAACAUCUUUCGUACAAAUACCUGCAUUGCGCAUCAUUGCAAAGCAGGCCAAGUAGUUUUUUUGUUUCUUUUUUUGUGUGUGGGAAAUGUUGGGAUUUGAGAGACUCUUUGGAGUCCUCCUGACAUGCUUGGGAGCUUCAUUUGCAUGGGAUCGUGGCCCAGGGUAUGCUCCGCAUGUUAUUGGUGGCCUCCCAAGGGGGCAACAUCAGGAAUUCCGGACAAAUAGUACAGAUCAUCUGAGGCUACUCAGUUCAACGGAUAAUUUUGUCGUGCUCGGUGGCAGGAACGCCCUAUACAAUGUCACAGUUGGCCUUGAUGGGCACUUAGAUCUCACGGGGAAACUUAUUUGGGGCUCAACGGAUGCCCAUCGGGAGUUGUGUACGCUGAAGGGGAAGCAGGAGGGGGAUUGUCAGAACUACAUUCGAAUAUUUGCGGAAGUUAAUCCAGGAAGAGCUCUCAUAUGCGGAACAAACUCCUACAAACCAAUGUGCAGACACUACUCCAUUCCUUUGAGUGAGAAAGAUGAUACGGAUAAGGAGAAUGAAGAAGCCCAAGGGAGGUGUCCGUACAGUCCCACGCAUAGUUCAGCCUACACCUACACCGAUGGGCACCUCUUUACGGGCACAGUGGCUGAUUUCUCUGGCGCUGAUCCGCUAAUCUAUCGGGAGAAUCAACGAACUGAGCAGUACGACCUGAAGCAGCUGAACCAACCGGCGUUUGUGAGUGCCACGAGCUAUGAUGAGUACGCCUUCUUCUUCUUCCGCGAAAUCGCCAUGGAGUACAUGAAUUGCGGGAAAGCCGUUUACUCACGCGUUGGGCGCGUGUGCAAAAAUGAUCGCGGUGGUCCGGCAAUUUUCUACGAUCGCUGGACAUCAUUCCUCAAGGCCCGCCUGAAUUGCUCCCUCCCCGGAGAGUAUCCCUUCUACUUUGACUACCUCUCGGCUACGACGGAUGUGGUCAAGUUGAGUGGGGAAGACGUUGUCUACGGGGUCUUUGGGACACCGCCCACAUCCAUUGAGGGUAGUGCCGUUUGUGUCUUCCGCAUGAAGGAUAUCCUGGAAGCCUUUGAGGGUCCAUUCAAGGCACAAAAGGACACCAGAUCCAAUUGGUUGCCCGUCUCCACGAGCCUUGGCCCCACGGAGCCACGUCCCGGGUCCUGUGUUGAGGAUUCCCGAACACUCCCCAGUCAAACGGUGAAUUUUGUCAAGAAUCAUCCGUUGAUGGAGAAAGCUGUUCCAGCACUCUAUGGGGAACCCCUCCUGGUUACAACUGGAGCUCAGCUCCGUCUGACUUCCGUUGCCGUUGUACCCACAACAGGGCCUGAUGGACGUGCGUACAGUGUUCUCUUUGCUGGUACCGCCGAUGGGCGUCUUGUGAAGUUCUACGCUGUUGCCGGAAAUACCCUACAGAAGGUUGUUGUAUCCGAAAUGCAAGUUCUUCCUCCGGGGCAGGCGGUGAAGCAACUGACAACGGUUGGGAAGCAAAUUUUAGCCAUCAGUGAGAACUCUGUGGUGAGCAUCCCACAGAGUGAUUGCAGCAACUACACAAACUGUGCCAGUUGCGUUGGCACCAGAGAUCCCUUCUGUGGCUGGCAUGAGGAGUCUCAUAGUUGCAGGGAAGUUGGAACAGUACCUCUGGGGCAUCUACUGGACACAGCAGCCUUGUAUGAUGUCUGCCCGGAGAAUAAUUGGGUCGAGGAGCGUGUUGUGACACAUGGAACGAUCUCUUCCGUGGGCAGGGAUCCACAGUCGGGUUUCCUUGUGCACGAAAGUCACAAUCAUACGUGCCCGGAGAUAGCUGUGGCGGGUGCUUAUUCCGCACAAACCAUGGCAAUUGCCUUAGUAGUUGUGGCAGCUGUAGCCUUAGCCGUAGGGGGUCUCGUGGGGAUUGUUGUGGGUCACAAGUGUCGGUUAGAGUGCCCAAUGAUGGGUGUUCCACCCAUGGAGCAUCGCAAUCAGCUGACAUGGUCAAAGUCCCGCCAUAUGGCGCAUCAUAGUAAAGAUAUUAAUCUUCUAAUGAACACAAAUCAGUUCUAUUCCCCUCCAGCAUCACCGCAUCCGGUGAUUUUUAGCAAUGCCCAAGAGCCAACGCCGCAAGCCAGAAGAAAAAUGGACAAUCUCGGUUUGGUGGACUUUGACGUGGACGGCAAGGAUCGUCGGCAUGAGAGUAAAAACAGCACAGAGAGUCUAGAAAAGGAUCCGCAGCAUUUCAAAACAGACACCCUCCAAAAAGUCAAGAAGACGUACAUUUAAAAAACAAAACAAAAGGAAAAGAAAACGUAAAAGUACCUAAAAUACUCCAUGAAUGAUCAUCCAUCCCCGCCCCCUGUGUGAGAAUCAUCUCCAUCAAAACAUCUUCCAUCCAAUUUGUUGAGUGUUUUUAUUUUUAAAGGCAAUUUGACUCAAGUUGGUGAUAUUUUUUAAGAGACAAUUUUUUUUAGGAAAAAAAUAAUGGCCAACAUCGAAAAAGUGCCCUUAUAUUACAAAAAAAAAUUAAAAAGAAAAAGUAUUUCGAGUAUUUCCGGAGCUCAAGCAAUUUGUGGACAAUCGUGUGCAUAUGCUGUGUUUAAAAUAACUUUGCACCGUAUUAAUUAUCAAAAUAGUUUUUAAAAUUUAUUACAGAACGUUGAAAAAUUAAGGUUAAAUCAUUUUAAAUGGAUUCAGCUUAAUAAUUGGUGCAAAGUAAUUUUGAACAAAGCAUUCACACAAUUUUAUUAGAUUAAUCUACUUAUAAGUAUUCUCUCUUUUUUUUUAAAUUGUAAAACAGAUGUAUUUUUUAGAAAUAAAUAAAAAUUCAUUACAAAAAAAA